AUGUCUUCCAAAGUUUAUAUACUGUUCAAUUUGUUCUUUGCCCUACACUUAGUUGCAGUGCAUUGUGUCGAGUUUCAUGUAGGCGGCGACGCCAGCUGGGCCGUCCCCUCGUCGAAGAAUGAUCAGCUAUACAAUGAUUGGGCUUCCAAGAACAGGUUCAAGAUUAAUGACACCCUGUGCUUCGAGUAUAGCAAGGAUUCUGUGUUAGAGGUGACACGAGAAGAAUACGAGAAAUGUCGAUCGACUCAUCCUAUGUUCUUCUCCAACAAUGGAAAUAGUAACUAUACAUUGGACCAUCCGGGCUUGUACUAUUUUAUAAGUGGUGUUGCAGGACACUGUGAGAGGGGACUGAAGAUGAUUAUCAAAGUUUUGGAGCCACAAAGCCCUCCUCAGGUAGCAAACCAGACUUCAAACUCAUCAACUGCCAGUGCUGCAUUUGAGUUUCCUGCUGUUAAUUCUACUCCAACUCUUCUUAUUCUAUUUUUGUCAUUUUCUUGGGCCAUCUACAUGUAA